CAGAACCAACAUCGCCCGCCCCGCAAGGAAACUCAACUGUGUCUCUGAAGUCUCGGCACUCGGCGGUAGCCGUUUCUCAGCAACGGUCACCUGCAGCCUCGGCAACAGCGCAGCAGUCUCAGCAGUAGCCUCCGGAAUACAGCUAAUAUAGUUCUUAAACUGCGGCAAACUGAGCAUUGUUUCCUCUCGUUCACUCUGGCAACGAGGAUGCCGAGCGUUUGCCGGAAUGGAGGUUAUGGCGAGUGCUUCUCCAUUAAAAGGGUUAGCAUUGCAUUGAGUGGACCCUUGGAUGAUUGUUUGAAGCUGUUGAGAGGCCAGUGGGAUGAGAAAAAGCUGGUCGGUCUCCUUCUCACCUCAAAACUCUGUCAUGGGGACGACACAACUGCUGUUCUAAAGGUCUAUGAUGCUGUCGGUGCUUGUUUUCUUCAGAGACUCAUCUUAACCGGUAUGGGAAAGGGAUCUGGUGGGUUUGGUAGUGCGGAGGAUAAAGAGCCAUAUUUGAGGCUCUCCAUCACCUUUCUUACUGCAUUGUGUCUGGUGCCAGAAAUUGCUUCAUAUGAGGAAAUGGUCUCUAAAGUUCCUCUUGUAGCUGAAAUAGUUACAAAAUCGUCUGACCCUUGUUGCUGUUGCUUCGGAUAGUGGAAGAGCAAAGUUUUAUCAACCUGGAGUCAAUUACCUGUUGCUCUUGCUUUGGAUGCAGGUCUGACCCUUUUUUUGAAUACUCUAAAUGGGACAAUACUUUUUAUCUUGCGGUAGUCAAUUACUCUAGGAAUUCUAUAUUUUUGGAGUUUUCUUUUCCCUUUAUUUACUGUGUUAUGUUGAGGCGCGUAACACACUAUCGUCAAUUAAUUUUGUAAUGCCUUGUUUUUGUACCAAAUGUUCUAUAGGGUCUCAGACUACAAAAAAACGAAAAUGUACGGUAUUUAAUGUACAUGAUCAAAUACUUGGUUUAAUGUGGUAAGACAUUUAAUAAGCUGCAAGCGCUCUCCGCUUUGGAACGUGAGCACACCGAACCACCUUAAACGCAGGGGUGUGUGCUGGCGACGUUUUUAACAUCAAUUUUAAUCUAACGGUGAGGGUAUGAUGACACAUUUUUUACUUCUAGAUCCAACAGUCAUCUUAGAAUACCACGGAGAAUGAAAAGUCACUUCGUAAAUUAUCCUUGCCAAAACUUUUAAUGGCGGCGAUUUGAUGGUGGCUGUUUUUGUCUAGCACACUCAUCGGAUGGUAGAGAGAAGAUCCCUACAAUUGAUGACUUAGAGAAACUAUGCGAUACCGCCAUCAUAGUUUUUUACUUCUCGUAACUAUUUUUGCUGCCUUUCACUGUUGUGUUCUUGCACUCUUCUCCUUUUUCCAUCGUCCGUGCCUUUUGUCCUUGCAAAGAUAAGUAAGUUGUGACUCCUUCAACUUAUCUUUUCCCUCCUUUCUUUGCUCUUCCGUUUCCUUCUUUUUUCCUCUACAACUAUGACUGUCGGUAGAUCCGUCAUUAGGUAGUAUGAGACUCAAUGGAUGAUUUUCCCUAAGGUUGCAGGACCAAACUAUGGGAGCUUUACGUUUUCGUUAGACAAUGAGAUUAAGAUUCCCCAACGAGAUCAUCAACCUAACAUUCCUCCUCCCGAUUUUAUUACUUUCUUCUAUGAUCAAUUGAUAGGCGGCUCAAGGUUUCCCAUUCCCUCUAUACAAGAUUUAGCUCAUUAUUUUUGUAUCUCCUUAUCUCAUCUGCAACCACUGUGUAUGAUUUGCUGCGUAUCCAUCAUCUUCCGGAUAUAUGACAUUACCCUUAACGAAGUUAUCUUCCAAUAUCUUUUUUACAUUCAGCCUGUCGAACCUGGAACCUUCAUUUUAAUGUCAGGAAUAAAUGUAAAUUUUUGGGUGACUGUCCAACCUCCAACAAAGCAUGGAAAGAUCGAUUCUUUUUCAUUAAACUACCUAAGCGCUAUACUUAGUCUACUCUUUGGCUCGACAAACUCCACAAUAAACUUAAGCGGGGAGACUACAAAUCGAAGCUAGUGUGCUUGGAGAUGACCUUCAUUCUUAAGGACCUAAUGUUCAACGCAAUCCUCUUGGUGAAGAAUGAGGCGUUGCUUCAUCUGGUCGGGUUGAGCCCAAAAUAUGCAGCUUGGGUGAGUUUUUCAUGUCUAGUAGAUUUCUUUUUGUAUUAACUAUCCUUUCUUUGUCUUGCAAAGUAAACUUUGUAUGACGUUUCUAUCCGCAAGAAAUUGAAUUGGGAGUUGACUUCCCCAGCGACCUACUCCUGUUGAUGAAUAAAGCUAGGGAGUCUCAUUAGGUGUUAGUUUCUCUUCCUUCUCUGAUGUCCAGUAUCGUUAAUAGUGAGGGUCUGAGUCGGUCGUUGAUUCCGUCACUCAUGCGAUGCUAUAUUCUCCGGCAAUCGCAGCUUCUACCCAUGUGAAUGAUCUGACAGAGUCAUCUGAAACAAGUGCUCCAUUAGAGUUUCGCUCUCAGGGAAAAGGGAUGGUCAUACGAUAAUCAUCCUCUCUUAAUAUUUCUGUCCCUAGUGGGAGUCAAGGGCGUAUUUGCGAAGCCAAGGCCCAGGAGAAACAUCAUUCAGAGCUUGGAGGCCAAAUAUAUCAUGUGGACGACUUUGCAGAGGUGGCUGUUGAAGGGAGAGCUAUGAAGAAGAAGAAGAAGAGAUCCGUUAGACCAAUUAAAGAGCCUGUUUCAGUGCCUUCCUUCAGGAAGAGUGAUCCUCCUUUAGCGGGGGAAAUUCACCUUAUCCUCAAAGACAUAACUCCGGAGAAGCAUUGUCAAAUGCAGGAGCGAGAGCUAGGGAUAACCCCUUAAGCCACUAGACAACGCAUCUCCCGAGCUAUGUCUUUGAGGGUGAGGUGAAUUUCUCUCAAUGAAAGAGGGUCACUCUUCCUUAUUCUUUGCAGCUCUUGCUUCAGCAUCCAGCUCUGCAAGGUCGCCCAUAGGGCCUGCAGACUCUCGAUAAUGUUUCUCCUUGGCUUUGGCUUCGUGAAUCUGCACUUGACUCCCACCAGGGGUAGAAAGGUUAGGAGGAGAUGAUUGUCGUAGGACUAACCUUUUUCCCCGAAAGCGAAACUCUGAUGGAGCUCUUGCCUCAGGUGACUUCGUUAAAUCAGUCACAUGGGUAGAAGCUGUGAUUGUCAAUGAAUAUAGCAUCACAUGAGUGGCGGUAUCGGGGCUAACUCAGACAGUUCACUAUUAAUGAUGUCGGACACUAAAGAAGGAAGAUAAACUAGCGCUUAAUAAGACACCCACCUCUAUCCAUCGACAUGAGCUGGUCGUUGUUGGAUGUCAACUCCCAGUUCGGUUUCUUGCUGAUGGAAACGUCAUAUAAAGUUUUCUUUGCAAUACAAAGAAAGGAUAGUUAAUACAAAAAGAAAAUUACUAGAUAUGAAAAUCUCACUCAAGCUGUCGGUCAGCGGCAUAUUUUUUGUGUCGAACCUGACCAGAUGAAGCAACACCUCAUUCUCCACCAAGAGGAUGGCGUUCAACAUUAGGUCCUUAAGAAUAGGGUUUAGGUCGUUUAAUGAAAAAGAAUUGAUCUUUCAAUGCUUUGUUGGAGGUUGGGCAGUCACCCAAAAAUUUAUAUUUAUUCCUAACAGUAAAAUGAAGUUUCCAAGUUCGGGAGGCCGAAUGUAAAAAUGAUAAUGGAAGAUAACUUCGUUAAGGGGAAUGUCAUAUAUCCGGAAGAUGAUGGAUGCGCCGUAAAUCAUACGGUAGGAGUUGGGUUGCAGUUUAGAUGCCGAAAUAAUGAUCUAAAUCUUGUAUGGAGGGGAUGGGAAACCGUAAGCCGUCUAUCAAUUGAUCAUAGAAGAAAGUAGUAAAAUCGGGAGGAGGAAUGUUAAGUCGAUGAUCUCGUCGGGGAAUCCUAAUCUCAUGGUCUAACGGAAUGAUGUAAAGCUCCCGUAGUUUGGGUCUUGCAGCUUCAAGGAGAAUCGUCCAUUGAGUCGCAUACCACCUGAUAGAGGGUCUACUAGCAAUCAUUGUUGUAGAGGAAAAAAGAAGCGGAAGAGUAGAGAGAUGGAGGGAAAAAUCCAGCUGAAGGAGUCACAACUUACUUAUCUUUGCAGGGAUAGAAGAUGGUUAAAGGAGAAGAGCGCAAGAACACAAUAGUGAAAGGUAGCGAAAAUAGUUAGAAGAAGACAUAGUUAGAAACGGUGGUAUUGCACCGUUUCUCUAUGUCGUCAAUUGUAGGGAUCUUCCUACCAUCUGAUGAGUGUGCUAGACAAAAACAGCCAUCAUCAAAUCACCACCAUUAAAAACUUUGGCAGAGAUAACUUACGAGGUGACUUUUCAUUCUCUGUGGUAUUCUAAGAUGAUUAUUGGAUCUAGAAGUAAAAAAGGUGUCACUAUACCCUCACCGUUAGAUUAAAAUUGACGUUAAAAAUGUCGCAAGCACACACCCCUGCAUUUAAGGCGGUUCGAAGUUCUCGCUGCCGAAAGCAGAGAACGCUUGCAGCUCAUGAAAUGUCUUACCACAUUAAGUUACCAAGCAUUUGAUCAUGUACAUUAAAUACCACACCUUCUCGUUUCUUUUGUAGUCGAGACCCCACAUAACAUUCGGAGCAGAACCGAUGCAUUACAAAAUUAAUUGCCGAUAGUGUGUUACGCCUCAGCAUAACACGAUAUAUGAAGAAAAAAAAGAAUUCCAAAAAUGUAGAGUUUCUGGAGUAAUUGAUUAUCAUAAGAGAAAAGUACUGCCCCACCUAGAGUAUUAAAAAAAAAACAACAAAGCAUAAAGCUUACUUAUCUACUUUAAAGGGCAGAUACAGAGUUCUACAAGAAGUAGGUAGGAGUGUAAUGGAGAUAAACUCUUUAUUGGUACGAUAGAAUCUAGAGUUAUCACAAGAUCCAUUGAAAGAAGUUCACAAAAGAAAUCACAAUUUUUAUGAUAAAAUCUGAUGUAAGCCUAGCUGAACCAUUGGAUUAACGUUUUCUAAGCCUUUUUUAGCAAGUAAGAAGUCUUGAUCAGACUAGAUCAUGAAAUUCAGUUAUGGAGGCGUUUUAACUUGGUAAGUUGUAUCCAUCGGGUUUAAGCAGAGCUACCGGUGAUAUGCCAUAUAACAAUUUGAACACUAUGUAAUUCUGAGUAUCAAAGAUUCAAAGCUAUUUUUAUGAAAUUUAUCUGAUA